AUGACGUCCCAGAUUUUAGUCUUUUUUGAAGGAGACAAGAAUUGGUGGGUGGCAUAUAAUGUUACAGAAGCUCAAAGAAUUAGAUAUAUUGACAUUAUAUCUAAGUUUCUUUGCAGUUUAAAAGAAUUUACAAAUCAAGAUUACACAAUUGAUCAGGUUUGCGUGUUCAAUUUCUUGCCAUUUUCAACAGAAAAAGAAAUUAUUGACGAUCUCAAAAGACAAAUUAAAGAACCUCUCAAUUCAACGACAGAAAUUUUAGUUCAAGUAAAAGAUUCUCUUCCAAUAAUAAAAAGGGAAAAAUUGAGUGGAGAACAAGCAUUAUCAUUCAUUACAAAAGGUAGAUAUUUUGAAGAAAAAGGUUUUUAUAUUGAUGCUCGAGAUUUCUUUAUUGCAGCAGACGAAUAUGGAUAUUUAGACUUAGCCAGACUUUACUAUAUCAGAAAUCUUAAAGAACCAGUCGAAAAUUUACUUCCUCGCCUUGUUGAAUUAUAUCCAAACAAUUUUGAAGUACAAAUCAUGAAAAUUGCAUAUGAGAAAGACGAAGCUAGGUUCCUUAGAUUCACAGACGAUGCUUUCAAGUACAUUCGUCAACUUCAUGGCGUAAAUAAAUUCAAUUUUCUUAGCGAAUUUGCGAGAAUACUCUUAUCUCGCCACAUGUAUUCCCGUGCACAAGAAUGUAUCAAUGAGUUGAAAUCAAUCAACGAAUCUCAUUCCGUUGUCUGUAAAUUAGAGUGUGAAUUACAAAUUGCGUUAAAAGAUCCAUCAACAGCUGCCAUCAUGGCAUUUCGGAGUCCACAAAGUUACAAAUAUCUUGCCCGGAUAUGCGAUCUUGAUGGUGGAGUCGCCAAUGUGUUUGAAAAAGUUUUUUCAUCAAAAGAUUCAAGUUCGCAAACCAUUUUUUCACCUAAAGCUCUUGCAGACAUCGGCAAAACACUAUUUAAAAAGGGUAAUAUUAAUUGCGCGGUCACAUUCCUUAGAGAAGCCUAUCAUAAGAAGCCACAAAUUGAAAUUUGUUAUCAAUUACUUAAAAUAUUCCAUAUUUUACAUAAUAAGUCACAGUUCUUUGAUAUAUUGAAGAGUUUCAUCAUUUCUAACCAAACUGAGCUGAUUCCAGGUAUAAAUUUCAAAGAUUUAAUGCAAAUCUUUGCAAAUGCUGAUUAUAAAAUAAUGCCAAAGACAACAACGAGACAAUCAUUUAGUACAAUCCUUCCUUCGCACAUUCCUUACCUCAAACUACUGAUGUUGAUCACUGUUUUCCUAUAUUCUUUCGGAAAUUAUUCGAUGUCAAAUGACAUUCGAUUAAAAAUCCGUUGUUAUUCAUCACCUUUGCGAACUAUGCCAGGAUUUGGAUAUAUCAGGAAACUGUACUUUGCUUGCGACCAACCUCCUCCUGGUUCAAGUCGUCCUUCUGAUACAAGGAUCGCUUUUGUUGGUGAUGAAUACGUAUACGCGGCAGGACCAAUUCCUAACAUCCAAGAUGAUGACAAAAGAUCAUUAAAAGCAGAGUUUUUCGCGUUCCCAGGAUUAUCAAUCAAACAUCUCAAGAAAGGAGACACUAACAAGGGAAUACAUAGAUCGUAUAACCAACAGAUCAAAGGAAUACUGCAGAACUUUAACUAUGUUAUCUUUGUGUUCGGAACUAUUGAUUGCAUCCAAGUUAUUCCAUUAUCCGUCCAAAACUUGGAAUAUCCAAAGGCCACACAAGCAGUUUUAGAUCUUGUAAUUCCUUAUGCUGAGAUGAUCAAGAAGUACAAGGAAGCACAAUCUCAUAUAUACGUUCAUCCAGCUUUCUCAUGCAGUGAAGAGGCACAGCCAAUAACAGACUUGUUUAAUAGAUUGUUGGGAAAGUACUUAAAAGAACCUACUUAUUUGAAAGUGGAAAAGAGCUUGCCAAGGGCAUCAUCACCUGCAGAUUCAAAGGGAACUUUAAAUGAUUACCACAAUGCUUUGAGGAGAGAACUUGAUGAAAGAAUUUAUCCCGAUAGAUUUAAAUAG